CCUCCCAACCAGAAUCGGCUCGAAGCUAUCUAACUGAUACGGCAGCGUUUAAACUUAUAUAUGUGCCCUUAUUUCUCUUCAGGUACUAUAAAAGAAAAACAAGAAUAUAUAUAUAUAGAUAUAGAGCCAACCUGAGCCCUAACCAAACCGACCUUCUCAGCUUGUGUUACUCUUGAAUUUCUCCGAGUUUCUGCCUCUUUCACUCACUCUCUGUCUUCGCCGCCGCCACCGACUGAAAAAGUUGUUUUCCGGCCGGGCGAAGAAAACCUGUCAACCCUCUUAGCUUCAAAUUUGUUUAUUUAUUUGACAUCCAUAUGUGAAGAAGGGUUUUGAAUCAGCAUAAAGCCAUUUAGGAUAUUGUUACCAGCAUAGACCUUUCUUUCUUUAAGGAUUUUGAAGCAUUAUGGUAAUCCACACGAGUUAUCCUCUGAUUUCCUACUCAAAAGAGAUUGUAGAUGGACAGCCAAUUUUUGUUUGUUCAAAUUGUCUUCCUGUAAAGGCUUCAAAAUAUGAACCUGCUGGCCAUUCUUUUCAUGCUGCUGCACUUAAACUCCUUGGAUGUGAGGAAGAUACUAAUGCUGAUGAUCAUAAAGUCUCCAAUGAUAAAGAACAGACAUCUUUGCCACAAUAUGAGUCUUAUAGUAGCAAAGGUAAAAAGAAAUCAGGUACAGCUAGCAAUCAGCAGGAUCAUUAUGCAUUGCUGGGAUUGAGUCAUUUGAGAUACCUUGCCACAGAGGAUCAGAUAAGAAAAGCUUACCGUGAGACUGCUUUGAAAUACCAUCCUGACAAGCAGGCUGCACUUCUUCUUGCUGAGGAAUCUGAAGCUGCAAAACAGGCAAAGAAGGAUGAAAUAGAAAGCCACUUUAAGGCAGUCCAAGAAGCAUAUGAGGUUUUGAUUGACCCUGUGAAGAGAAGGAUAUAUGACUCCACAGAUGAGUUUGAUGAUGAAAUCCCAUCCGACUGUUCCCCACAAGAUUUUUUCAAGGUCUUUGGUCCAGCUUUUAUGAGGAACGGAAGGUGGUCAGUUAAUCAACCAGUACCAUCUUUAGGUGAUGAGAGUACUCCAUUAAAGGAGGUCGAUAAUUUUUACAAUUUUUGGUAUAGCUUUAAAAGUUGGAGAGAGUUCCCACAUGCAGACGAGUUUGAUCUUGAACAGGCAGAGUCUCGUGAUCAUAAGAGAUGGAUGGAGAGGCAGAAUGCUAAACUUUCAGAAAGAGCUAGAAAGGAAGAAUAUGUACGAGUGCGCGCUCUUGUUGACAAUGCGUACAAACGAGACCCUAGAAUUCUAAAGAGAAAGGAGGAGGAGAAAGCUGAGAAGCAAAGGAAAAAGGAAGCUAAAUUUCUGGCAAAGAAGUUGCAGGCAGAAGAAGCUGCUAGGGCUGCUGAAGAGGAGAAACGCCAAAAAGAGGAGGAGGAAAAACGAGCUGCUGAAGCUGCAUUACAACAGAAGAAACUGAAAGAAAAAGAGAAGAAGCUCUUGCGCAAAGAGCGGACUCGUCUUAGAACACUUUCAGCAUCUGUUGUAUCCCAGCAUUUGCUUGAUCUCUCUGAGGAGGAUGUGGAAAGUCUGUGUAUGUCACUUGAUAUUGAGAAGCUGAAAAGUUUGUGUGAUAAGAUGGAAAGCAAGGAAGGGCUGGAACAAGCAAAAGUUAUUAGGAGUGCACUUGGAAUUGCUGAUGAAUGUGAGGAAAAGAAACAAGAUGAGAAGAAUAAUUUGCAGCAGAAUGGUUCUGUGGAGGCUAAUGGAAGUAUCCCUUUAAAAAGCUUUGAGAAGAAGGAGAAGCCUUGGGGAAAGGAAGAGAUUGAGCUUUUAAGAAAAGGAAUGCUGAAAUAUCCCAAAGGAACAUCUAGAAGGUGGGAGGUUAUUUCAGAGUACAUUGGCACAGGAAGAACUGUGGAAGAAAUUCUAAAGGCAACCAAAACAGUCCUCCUCCAGAAGCCUGAUGAUUCCAAAGCUUUCAAUUCUUUUCUUGAGAAGAGGAAACCUGCACAGUCCAUUACUUCUCCCCUUACAACUAGGGAAAAUGUGGAAGGGGUAUCGGCUCCUCAGGGGGCUGAAAAUACAGCUGCAAAGGUGGAUAUCCCAGAAGAGUCUUCAAGUUCAAAUAGUCCUAUGGAUGUGUCUGCUGCAAAUGGGGUUUCUUUGAUUUCUGACCAAGAUGUGUGGUCUGCUGUACAAGAAAGGGCAUUGGUUCAGGCUCUGAAAACCUUCCCCAAGGAAACCAGUCAACGCUGGGAGCGAGUUGCAGCUGCUGUUCCUGGAAAGACUCUAAAUCAGUGUAAGAAAAAGUUUGCACUGCUUAAGGAGAACUUUAGAAACAGGAAAACCGUGGCUUAGUUUUUUCAGUUGCCUCCUGCUUCUUAGAAAGAGAAAGCAACAAAUAUGAGUGAGAUUUUUCCAGUUAUCUCAGUUAAAUUUAAUUCUUAUCUUAUUCAAAGGCAUCCUUCUCUUGAAGGAUUAUUAUUAUAUGGUAAAAGAGAGAAAUUCUUAUGUCUGGAGUCUUACCAUCAGUCCAGUGUUGUUACCGGUACAGGAAUUUAUAGCUAAUACUUAUUGGGAGGGAGAACCGUUUAGAUAUAGAUAUUAGAAAAUACAAAAUUUGUUGAUAUAUGGUCGUAGAAGGUGCUUCAUCUUGAUGGAGAUUGAGAUUAAUUUUGUAAGCUUUUUAUCUUCUUGUUACCAGUUAAGGGCAUUAUAUUAUUGUCUUGGUUUAAUUCUAUGUUUUUAUUGAGAUUAAUUUUGUAAUCUGCUAUCUUUCAGAGUCAAGACUAAUAGAAGCAUAUGAUUUUAGACA